AUGGCGACCCCAGCUACCCCCGACGAGCACAUGUCCGACGCAAGUGACUCUUCGGCAUAUGCUCCGAAAAGCAAGACAGUGUGUGUCCUGUGUCGCCGGCGAAAGGUCAAAUGCGAUCGAAUCAAGCCAAGCUGCAGUUUCUGCGUCAAGAAUGGCACCGCAUCUCUUUGCCAGUACGUUGCGUCGGAGAAGAAACGCGGCCUGAGAGCAGGAUAUGUAUCACAGUUGGAGAAUCGACUGGACAGACUGGAGGCAGAAAUUCGAGAUCUCAAGACACUAACUGCACAAAAUGUUCAUUAUAACCAACCGCCAGUGAUCCCUAGUCCUCCUUCGAAUUCCAAUGACGCAACCCAUCAAAUUAACGAGGACCUUUCAUCUGCUCUCGCAGGACCGCCUGCUAUGCAAGCACCUACAGAGCACGACGAAACACGAAGCCCGUCGCGCAGUGCCUUCGUCGAGCUAUGUAGCGCCUGGUUCGAUAAAUUUCACGGAUGGUUCCCCAUUCUGCAUCCGCCGACAGUCAUGCAGACACUGCAAGACAUAUCAAUUAGCUUAGAAUUAUCGCCUCUGUACGUGGUGCUAAAAGCAAUAGCGGCAGUGACGCUGCCCCAUGUCGGCUUCGUCACGAGCCUAAGUCAUGAUCAACGCCGGGUGAUAUCAGCAGAUUAUGCGCAAGAUAUUGCUCUACAUGCUAUGGAUUCGCUGUCUUUGCCCUCGCUACAGGCCGUCCUCAUAGUAAGCGUGCUGGAGUAUGGCAACGGAAAAUUGUCCAAAUUUUGGAAUUUAAUAGCGCUUUGUAAAAGAAUGGCAAUGCAGCUUGGCUUGCAAGACUUGGUAGUACAUCAGUGUGGCAAUUUUUCCAACCCAUCCGUGCUGCCACCGCGAAUGCUUCCGUUUCCAAACACCUUGAUCGACCAAGAAGAAAAGACCAGAGCAUACUGGAUGACAGAGCUUCUGGAUGGAUCAUCCACUAUGGGUGCCGCGUGGAAUCUCUCACUUUCACGUCCUCAUAUGACGAUUGCUACGCCGUCAGCAACAUCCUCGUCAUCCUCGGCCUCCUAUAUGGCUGGGUACCAAGACAACCCAGCCCUGUAUCCUUGUGGAGAGGAUAUUUGGACAACGGCAUUUCCUGAAUUCUGUAUAUCGGUCGCAUCUUUUGAGGACCUUGAGACCUCGUCGAGCUUCACUUCGUACGUCAACCUGGUUGCAAAUGAGCUGUAUGUUGUACACCAAUUCCUACAGCAGCCAUUUGAUCGGCGCUCUGUACAUGGACGUGCAAAAUGGCAAGCAGAGUGUAAGAACGUGGAUGAGCGCCUACAAAAAUGCCGCGCAGGCUCUCCAUUGUUCCAAAACGGAUUCAAGGGAGGGUAUUAUAAUCCGCAUUACUCAACUACCGCGGCACCUGGGCCUGCCGUCAACGCGACCCCUUCUGCAGUGACUGAAAUAUCCUCUCUGGUAAAUGGAAGCAUAGUUCCGACUCCAGAAAAGGCCUCAUUUGAUCCAGUCGCAAUACUAUCCUUUGCCAUGUAUGACAUGGCUAUUAUCGCGCUCUAUCAACGACUUGCAUUCCCAGCAAAUGACAUUGAGCGACCUCAUGGCCCGUUUUACCACGCAAUACAACGUUGUCUAGAUGCGAGUGACGAGAUGACCACAGUGGUGCGCAGUGUCAGCGAUGCUGAUUUGGAGAAUAUGAGCCCGCAUCUCAUUUUUCCUUUAUUCGUGGCAGCACGCUUCUUCCUCGUGCAUGCGCGCAUAACAGGCGUCGAGACACCCCGAAACAUCGAUCUGCUCAUAUAUAGCCUUCGUGUAUGCGGACAAAGAUGGAAUCUAGCCCGCCGUUUAGAAAAAGUUCUGAGAGCUGCUUGUGCCGAACGACAGGUUACGAUCAAUUUUUCUGCUCUACCACCACAGUUCUUCGACUUACAGUAUUCGCACCUAGAUAUUGACAAGGUGUUAGAAGUAUGGGCCGAUAGUCAAGAUGUGAACAAUAUUGCGUCUUCUCAUUUGGUAGGAUGGUAA